AUGAUCCAAGGACCGCGCACCAGCAGGAUGACAUUGGAAGAUAAUGCGAUGUCCCCAGUUGACUUGGACUUGAAUAUCUAUUGCGUCCCUGGUGCAUCGGUGCAUUACGAAAUAACACCAGAAUGGUCUCAGAACGAGAGCAUAGGAGAGCCAAGCCGCGCGUGGAAGCCCGGGCGUUUGCCCCACGCACCCAGCGGUCCCAUUGAACGACAUCCCUGGCUACCCGAGCCGGAAGGUCUAGGCAGUCCGACGGAGAGCGACUUCCGCAUGCUGGGCGUGCCUUCAAGGGCCACCACGAAAGAUCUGAGUCACAGCGCACCGGAGAUGCAGGAAGAUGAGGCUGAUGUGGAGUAUGUGGAUGCCAAGAGCAUGCACUUUGAUACUCUGGUCUCUCACCGAUUGCAACUGAUCACUGACACAAAGCUAGCGGAUGAUGGCACCUUUUUGAAUGGAGAGUGGCAGCAGACCUGGACCAUGUUCCAAGCGCUCGAGUCUGAGGAUGUCCACGGAAUGCACGUGAUGAUGUGCCUGGUGAAUUCCGUGUUCUUCAAAGCUGUUAGCAUGAUUGCCAUCAUGGCCAAUGCGGUCUACAUCGGUCUUCGUACCGAUCAGCAGAUUCAGAACAGCUUCUCUCGUGUGCAGGGGUCACCAACACAGUCUUUAGAGAAUUCCUUAGAAUACGUUUUCUUAGCGUGGUUCACUAUUGAAGUCGUGCUGCACUUGACGGCAUAUCGUUGGCACUUCUUUGUAGGCAAAAAUUGGCAUUGGAAUCUCUUCGAUCUCUUCUUAGUGCUGAAUGCAACGGUGGAGAUCCUCAUUCCUUCCCUGUUCGCGAACAUGUCCUUCUUGCGGAUCUGCAGAGUGUUUCGGCUGAUCCGAGUGGUACGUCUGGUGCGCACGGUGAAAUGGUUGCGGAGCCUUCGGACGAUGCUCUUUGCCAUCAUCAAAUCCAUUUCGUGCCUCCUCUGGGC